AUGGCUCUUCGUGCGAUCUUAAGCGUUCUACUGCUCGCUCAUCUCAGCGUAACCACACCAACUCCAAAACACAAAAAGGAGAAGCCGGCAGCAUUCUUUUUGGCGGGCGACUCCACCACCGCAGUACAAUCCGCCGGCGGCGGCGGCUGGGGAAAUGGUUUCCUAGCCACACUUCAGCCCCCAGCCUACGGCGUAAACAAAGGCCAUAACGGCGCCACAACCGUAUCGUUCGUCAAGGGCGGCGAUUGGGCGACUGUUCUCAACCUGGUCAAAAACGCUACAGAUGCCUACAACGUAUUCGUCACGAUCCAAUUCGGCCACAACGACCAGAAACCAGCAAACAACGUCUCCAUCGCGCAAUUCAAGACCAACCUCGCCUCCCUAGCGUCAGACGUCCAGGAACUCGGCGCAACGCCCCUCCUCUUCACCUCGCUCUCUCGCCGCAACUUCAACGGUGCUCAACUUAUUCAGGAUCUCGGCGAUGUAGUGAAUGCUACGCGCGAAGUCGCUGCCGCAUCUCACAUCAAACUCAUCGACCUCAACGCCGCGUCGCGCACGUACGUGCAAGCUAUCGGUUCUGCCGAGGCAGACAAAUACAAUCUCGUCGCGGGAGACAGGACGCAUCUCAAUGCGCACGGCAGCGACGUCUUCGGGCGGAUAGUAGCAGAUUUGAUCCUCAAGAGCGAUAAAAGUUUAAGUCGGUGGAUAGGCCGAAACGCCACGCUGAGCCACUUGAUUGCGGAAGGCGUGUACGCGUAGAAAUCAAUCUUCGUAGACGAAUGCAACAUGCUCGUUGGCUAGGUCGUGUAUUUCGAGGCUGUGCAGUUCGUGUACGGAGAUGAGUGAUGAGAUGGUACGCGGCAACGUCAGAGUUGUAAUCGGUUAGCGGCCGUUUCAGCCCCAUCCAACGCUGUGAGUACGCGGCGGAGCCAAUCAGCGGACUUUGCUAGGGCACAUUGCCAUAAUCGUCUGAGAAUAGUGUAGAGUUCCA